AUGGCCAUGGCUAACAGGAACCUGAAGCAAGUGCGCAUCGUGAGGAACGUCAUCCCGAACAAAAGCGGCUCCGACAUGGUGUCCCCUCCGCAGCAGCAGAUGGUGACUCCGGGCAAGGGCAUGAAGCGCAGCCUGGACGUGUCGGAGGGGGACCCGUCCCUCAUGCCUCCCAAGAUGGACGAGCGGGAAGAGGAGCGCGGGGUCACCAUCGAUAUCAAGAGCUUCCUGAAGCCCGGAGAGAAGAGCUACACCCAGCGCUGCCGCCUGUUCGUGGGCAACCUGCCGACCGACAUCAUCGAGGAGGAGUUCAAGAAGCUGUUCGAUAAGUACGGGGAGCCGAGCGAGGUGUUCAUCAACCGGGACCGGGGCUUCGGCUUCAUUCGCCUGGAAUCCAGAACACUUGCAGAAAUUGCUAAAGCAGAACUUGAUGGCUUGGUUAUGAAAAGCAGACCCCUCCGCAUUCGUUUUGCUACUCAUGGUGCAGCUUUAACGGUUAAGAAUCUAUCACCAGUUAUUUCAAAUGAGCUACUUGAGGAAGCAUUCUCAAUGUUUGGUCCAGUUGAGAGAGCUGUAGUUAUUGUUGAUGAUCGUGGCAGAGCUACUGGCAAAGGAUUUGUGGAGUUUGCAGCAAAACCUCCAGCAAGAAAAGCUCUGGAGAGAUGUUCAGAAGGCGCUUUCUUACUGACAACAACUCCGCGGCCAGUUAUUGUUGAACCAAUGGAACAGUUUGAUGAUGAAGAUGGCCUACCAGAAAAAUUCAUGCAAAAGACUCAACAGUAUCUGAAAGAAAAGAGGAACCCCCACGGUUUGCUCAGCCUGGAAAGCAUUUGAAUUUGAAUAUGCUUCCAGGUGGAAAGCUUUGAAUGAAAUGGAAAAAAGCAGCAAAGAGAGCAGGUGGACAGAAAUAUCAGAGAAGCUAAAGAAAAACUAGAGGCUGAAAUGGAAGCCGCUCGUCAUGAACAUCAGCUUAUGCUAAUGAGGCAAGAUCUUAUGCGGCGUCAGGAAGAGCUUAGGCGGCUAGAAGAGCUGAGAAAUCAGGAGCUUCAGAAGCGGAAACAGUUUCAUAUGAGGCAUGAAGAAGAGCAGAGACGACGUGAAGAAGAAAUGAUUCGACAGCGUGAGCAGGAGGAUCUUCGUCGACAGGAGGGUUUUAAGGCCGCUUACAUGGACACUAGAGAACAGGAUAUGAGAAUGGGUGAUAUGGGCGUCCGUGGAGCAAUAAACAUGGGAGAUGCAUAUAAUCCAGCACCUGCUGGUACCCAAGGUCCUCCUCCCAUGAUGGGCAUGAACAUGAACAACCGAGCAACUGUUUCGAGCCCUUCAAUGGGUCCUGGUGCUUCGAUGGGCUCUGAAGGAACUGCAAGCCUAGGAGCUGCAAUGAUGCCAGAUAAUGGAGCAGUGCGCAAUGAUAGAUUCUCCCAGCCAUCUCCAUCACAGAUGGGAUCUCCCAUGGUUAACAGAGCAGGAACUGAAGCUGCUCAGCCAGCAAUGGGUGGUGUAAAUGCAGUUGGUGGUGGACCUGGUGGCUAUGGUAGAGGAAGCCAAGGGGGAAACUUUGAUGGAUCUAACAAACGUCACCGUUAUUAG